AAGAGAACUACACUCAACGCAAGAUCGACCUUCGAAGGCAGCUGUUUGAGUUAGUUCCUGCUUUGUGCGGAUAGUCGUACUGGUCGGUCGAUGGUGGUAGAGCGUGCAUCGGUACAGUCGAACUUGUAACUACAAAUCAAGCCACUGGUAUUAGUGGCUCACUGUCAGUGUUCAAGAUCAGAAAAGCACAGAGCUCCGGGUAAUUGGAAAACAAGCCGAGCAAAUUCAGUCGGGCUGACCAUUCGAAGGAUUAGUCAUCAACGUACAAGCGAUUCAGACGGGAAAUUCCUUAUCAGAAUAGAAGAGGAAGAUCUGCGAUAUGAGGCAGAAAUCUGAUUUUUCCUAAUAUUACGAAACGCGACUUCUAGUUAGGUCAAUUAAUAAAACGCGGAGUGUUGUCAAGUGCGACAGUAGAUAGCAUAAAACAGUGUCAAUCGCUGAGUAAGCUUUCAAGUGGAUGAUAUCUUCGGUCUUGAGAAGCUAGCCUUUGCGUCGUGAUUAAUUCCCUUGGAGCUGCAUAGUAGUUGGCUCCAGUGGCUUGCGACGGAACGUGAGCGCCAAAAACUACUAAACGAUGGAUAUCUUCAUUCCGAUUAUCAUCUUUUUCGUUCUGUUCGUGUUCUUCUCGCUGUGCGGAAUGUGCUGUCGGCGACGGCGAGACCAGGGUGCCGUGAUUGCUACCCCGGUAGUAAUCACAUCCACCCAGCACCACGUUGGACCCUACCCGGUACACGUGAACACAAGCGCAACCGGGGCACCGGGUCCGGCUGGGGUGGUCAUGCAGCAGCACAGCACCGGCACGGCGAUCUAUCCGAUGCAACAACAUGCAGGACCACAAGUUAUGCCGCAGCCAAUGCCUAGCUACAAUCCCCCGCCCGGUAGUUAUCCUCCGCAGCAUUAUCCGCCCCAGCAGCAGAUUCAACCGCUGCAGCAGAUGCCGAUGCCGAUGCCAAUGCCAGGAACGGCUCCCCCCGCUCAAGCGCAAGCUAUGAUGAACCCUCCCAGCUACGAUUCGGUCGUAACGGAGAACUACGCCAAACAGGCACCGUACAAUCCACACUAUACCGGACAGCAGUAACCUGCCGCCAGUGACUUAACCCGUUAUCUACUAUUUUGUUUAAUCGUUACUAUUAGAAUGAUGCUCGAUCCAAUACAGUUGUCCACGUUCGACAGUGUUCCUUUUUUGAGACGUGCUUCAAAAUGCAUUCGUUGGACUUUUCCAGGUGCUACAAAAAGGCACACAAUAAGUGUUGAGGCACAAUUAUCGAAUGUGGCAUGCUGAAAAAGGUUUUGCUAGUCAAAUCCACUGACGAAUGAACAAGGCUCGUUUAGGUUACUUGUUUAGCUGGUUAGGCCCCUUCGAGAGGGAUAGUUUUCGAACAAAUGUAAUAUUUUAUACGACUAUUCAGUUACUUUUAGUUUAAGUUUCUAUUUUUUUCUUGAGGGAACGUAAUCGAAAAUAAGAAGUAUAUUUGUUUUGGAAGUACGUAAACGGUUUGACGUUUGAAGACACUGCUAUGCAUUGUAUUCGAAGCAUAGCGUAAAAGUGUUGUAAGCAGUAUAUACAAAAGGAAUAAAUUGACUGAGAAUGAAUUACAAGGAGAUAGAGUGAUUACCAAAUACCAAUUAUACAUUCAUAUAUCUAUAUAGAACUAACAUUCAUGUUCAAAUCAUCUAGAAGUGUUAGUGUUUACCAGGGUAGAUUAUGGUAUUUGUCAUUGCACUUUAACUAUUUUCAAAAACAAAAGUGAAUAUAGAAAUGUACAUAUACAACGAUUAACUGAAGAUAAUCGAAAACAAUACUUCAAGAUCUUGCAGGAAGGCGGAAUGUACAAUAGACGGGAAUCCGGGAGAAAGAGGUUUCUCUUGCGUCUUACGUCCGAAUUGCUGCAUUAGCUUGACUUAUCGAAGAGAUAAAUUUAUGCCAUACCACGUCAAGAACAUAUUUUACUCACCGUAGAAA